AUGGCAGAGCUGAGUCUCAAAGUCAUUGGAAAAUUAGCCACCACAAUCACCAACAUCGAGAAUGUCCAAGCACUGCUUAGGCAUCAUGACUGCACUGAUCGGGAGGUUGAGCCCCUGCACUGGCAAAUGCAGGCGCUCCUUGAUAUGGUUGAGCAAUGGCGCAGCGAUGCUCGUAGCCAUCCCGAGAGAGCCUCUGCGACAUCAAUUAACAUGUUCCAAAAGCUCUUAGGAGAUGCUACUAGCUUGAAAGAGGAGAUUUCUGACCUUCUCGACCGCAUGAACGUACAGUCAUUCUGGGAUGAGCACCUGUGGCCACUCUGUGGGAAACCAACAAUCGACAAAAUGAGCAUCGAAUGUGUCGAAAUCAUGAAGGAGUUAUCUCAAGGCGCAGCUACCAUGCCUGCGGUCAUAAUCAACACGCCAACACCCUCAGUGCCUACAAGUCUUCCGAGUGUUGCACCAGUACCCAAAGAAAGUACCGAACCAGCAGAAAAGACCCCCGGCUUAGGUCUCGGCUUAAAUGCUACUACCGGGAAAGCUCUAACUUCCCCUAUUGUACACAGUGCCGACCAGACCAACUCAGAAGAGAACUCGCAUCGUGUACGCCAGCAUGAACUUCAGGUCGCUACUCAUCGGGCACAAAUAUACCGCAACACGCUCAGCAAACAUCAGUGCAAGGAUGUAGAUUCGAAACUGCAAAACACGCCGCCAUGGGACCGCACCAAAAUUCUAUCCUUGCUGGAUCAAGGUGCAGAUCCUGACGCCCGUCCGGACUCUAAGUCUAGUACUGCUCUCUACAACGCUGCCUCCUGUGGCGAGAUCGAGACGGUAAAGCUUCUUUUGGACCGAGGAGCCCAGGUUGACGUCAAAGGAGGGAAGCACAAUACUGCUUUCACCGGAGCCCUCAUGGCCAACCAGAUGGAGACAGCCGUGCUGCUUCUGGAGCGUGGUGCAGACAUUAAUCACAAGCACGGCAUAGGCGAUUCGACACCGCUGGGACACGUAUUGCUACAUGGAGAUGGCAAGCCGCAUAAAGGUCUCGUUGCCUUCUUGCUUGAACAUGGAGCCGACGCGGACAAGAGUAUUGGGGCAGGAUUGUCGCCUGUUGCCUUCAUCCGCGGCAGGGUGUGCAGCCAUUCGAGCCCGAAGCAUGGAUGCAAAAAGUGUGCCGACAAGGAAGAAUGGCUGGAGAUUACUGAGAUGCUAACUGCCUACGGCGGCCAAAACUCGAUCACCAAGGGCUUCUCCAAGGUCAUCGACUUCUUCGCGGAUCCGAGUAUUGAUUCGGACCCCGAGGUCGCCGCUGCUGGAGGACGGCUGAAGAAGGCAAAAGCAGCGAAAAGGAGGAGAGAGGAGGACCGGAUGAGGUUGGCGCGGGCAGAGUACGGGGAUAACUACCAGCUUAUGGAGCAGGCAGCUCGUCGGCAGGCACAGGGCACCCCCGCUGGCGGCGAAGAGUCCGAUCCAGAGGUAGCGGAGGCUGAAGAGGCGCUGGCGAGAGCGAAGGUACACAAGAGGGAGCAGAAGAGAUUUGCGAAACAAAUCGGGAAAGCCGUGUUGCCUCCUUGGUGGUACUGA